UAUUAACAGUGACAGAAGGUGCUUGAUCCUGCUCUUCUUCGCUUAAAUUUGGUGUUUUUGCCUCUUCUUCUGAAAAUGCUGACCGGACGGUUGGCUUCGGCAGUUUUCUUGCAUUCAUAAAUAAGUGAGUGCAUUUUACAGAUGCAGGAUGCGGUGGUGUCCCAACUCUAUUCUCCACCUGCUGCGCUGUGUGCGACUGCGGUUGUGUACAAGGAGAGGAAAGAACAGACUGCCCUUGUGGAUAAGGGAAAUAUGGGCCUACAUGAGACUGCUGGUGCGGUCACUGUACUUUAGCUCCCUCACAGACUCAGAUGUGGUUUUUGAUUCAGUCUUUGAACCAGUGUUUUGGACUGUGGAUUAUGUCACCCGUUGGUUUGGCCUGGUAAGUGUGUGUGUUUUUGUGUUGUGUGCUCAUUUAAUUAUUCUCAGACAGUUUUAUUUUGAACCUCUCUCUGUCUGCCCCCCUGUCUUUGUCUGUAAGGUGUUUGUUUGCUUGGUGGUGAUACUGGUCGGCUCCAUUGUGGUGAUAGCCUAUUUGGUCCUUCUGCCUUUGGUGCUCAACACUUACUCCCCUCCAUGGAUUGCUUGGCAUAUUUGUUUCGGACAUUGGAUCAUCGUCAUGAUUGCUUUUCAUUACUACAAGGCUGCCAAGAUCUCUCCUGGGGCACCACCUACAGAGAAAAAUGACAUUCCAUUUGUAGCCGUUUGCAAAAAAUGCAUCAUCCCCAAACCAGCAAGAACCCACCACUGCGGUAUCUGUAACAUGUGCAUUCUGAAAAUGGACCAUCAUUGUCCCUGGUUGAAUAACUGUGUGGGACAUUUUAACCACCGUUACUUCUUCUCCUUUUGUCUCUUCAUGACCUUGGGCUGUGUCUAUUGCAGCAUCAGUGGCAGAAACUUGUUCCUGGAUGCAUACAAUGCUCUUGAGCGCUUCAAGCAUUUGGAUGUGGAAAAACCAGGGGUACCAGUAACAGGAAUGGGACUUCUUAUAGGGCUUCUACCUCCUGGCCAGACUCACUAUCAGACAUCUGCACCUCCGUACACCUAUAAAGAUAAGAUGAUUCACAAGAGCAUCAUCUACAUGUGGGUGCUUACCAGCACAGCAGGAGUGGCACUAGGAGCUUUGACCAUUUGGCACGCAGUUCUCAUAUCCAGAGGAGAGACCAGCAUAGAAAGACACAUUAACAGCAGAGAAACACAGCGACUUGCCAAACGGAGAAAGGUAUACAAAAACCCAUUCAAUUAUGGCAGGUUGAAUAACUGGAAAGUCUUCUUCGGUGUAGAGAAGACAAGUCACUGGGUGACACGUGUCCUCCUUCCCUCCGGUCACGCCCCACGUGGUGAUGGAUUGACAUGGGACACUUUCCCAGUUAAAAAGGACUUGAUACCUGUAUGACACACUCUUCCUAGAGAUACUCGCAGUCUACAGACUUUGCUCUAUCCAGUCUGCUCUGGUCAUUUGAUCUGGUUGGCGUUAAAAUUCUCUUCCUGGUGGAGAAACGGAUUCAUGUCAACCUCCAAUACCUCAAACAAUACUGUGGCAUAGCUCAUGGUUUGACGGUCUACAUUUUUCAGCAGUGAUAAGGCAGCGUCUCUUGUAGGGUUUGUUAUCUUACUUGGGUUAGUCUGACAAACUGGUCUUACUUGAUUCUGAGAUAAUGAUGGGUUUGAUAUUUUUAUGUAAUGACUGACAUAUCAUUGGACUGAAGUACUUGUAAAGUAAUGAUUUUUUAAGAAAACUAUCCGCUCUUCCUGCCCAAGCUAAUAUUCAUUAAAAAACCUAAAAAAAAGAAAAAAAC